GUGUGAGACUGGGGCUAAACUGGAUUCAGGUGUGGAGCCGGCGCGAGCUGAGGAAGCGCCCAAGAAAUGUUACAGAAAAAUAUCGAGUACAGUUGUGCAAUGAUGCAGAGAAAGAAACUGGUCCAUUACUCACUGUGUAACACCAUGAGAAGGUUCAAAGGAGCCCAUACCUUCUGUAUGUUGAUGCCAGGAGCAGGAACUGUGGAUAAUUAGUUGGCCCUUCUACUGUUAGGACUGGUACAUACUGCUUAUUGAGCAAAUAAGUAUUACAGUGAUAUUCAACUGUAUGUCCAUUGACUACAGCAUCAGAAACCUUCAGUGCUAUUAAAAUGGAGAGUCUAGGCCUCAUCCUACUCUUACUGAAUCCAGUUAUCUCAGGAGGGAGUUCAUGAGACUGCAUUUCAAAUAAAUACCCCACGUGAUUCUUGUGCAUACUGAAGGUUGAGAACCACUGAUUUAUCUUCUGUGUUCAUUAUGCUUCAUCCACUCUAAUUCUCUUGCCUUAAUUUGAGAUUUAGUAUUUUCCUUUAAUAUAAACAUUAAAAUUGGGAUUAGUGUAAAUUUGUGAAGAGGCUGUUUGGCUAAUGCAGAGGAAAAAGAGCACUGAACUUACCAUCAGUAGACCUUCCACUUGCUGCUGUUAAUAGGAUGUCAAGAUGACAGCAUAUAUGCAUGGUCAGCCCAGUCGCUUUCUAGAAGACGCAAAACUCAGAAGACAAAUGAUCAUAGAAAUCAUAGGAAAAAAAUUUGAAUGUCUUAAAAAAGAAAUGAUACCAAAUAUGUAUCAUAUAACAUUGACUGCAACAACAGCUGGUUGCACUGGAAUAUUCACAAACUUCACGUUCAGAAACAACUUCAAGGUCAAACAUGAUGCUUUGAAGACAUAUGCAUCAUUGGCUACAGUUCCAUUUUUGUCUACUAUGGUUGCUCACAAGCUUCUUGUAAUUGAUGCUUUGUAUUCAGAUAAUAUAAGCAAGGAAAACUGUGUUUUUAGAAGUUCACUGAUUGGCAUAGUAUGUGGUGUUUUGCAAACCAAUUCUUUGGCUUUUCUUAAAAAUGGACGUCUGGCAACCAAGUAUCACACCAUUCCACUGCCACCAAAAGGAAGGGUUUUACUCCACUGGAUGCUACUUUGUCAGACACAAGUUAAAUUAAUGGUAAUUCCCCUAGUCUUUCAUAUUGCGAUGGGAGUAAUUAGUGGUCUACACUAUUACACAGUAUUUGAAAGCACACUGGAAAAAACUGUACCUGAAGAGUAACCAAAAAAAUGAAUGGUUGCUAACUUAGCAGAAUGAAGUUUUUGUAAAGUGGACUUGGGUAUUGCUGAAAUUGUUAAAAGUAACUGAACAAUUUGUUUCUGUGCCUUUUGCCUGGCAUAUAACAAGUAAUACAUAUUCAAUAUGCAAUCAAUAAAUAAAAGUUUCAACUUACAUGUAAGAUUUAAGUUUUCUCUCUCCUCAUGGUAUGUCCAUUUUGCCUGGUAUAUAACAGAUAAUAAAUAUUAAGUAUUUCAAUAAAUGUAAACAAUAAAAGUUUCAUCUUUC